GGCGCGGCCGGUGUGCCCGUCGCCACUCCCCCUGCGCCGACUCCAGCAGAGCCCCAGCCGAUGGCUGUAGACCCGCCGGCUGACUCCAACCUUCCCAGUGGCCUGAGUGCUACUCCGGGUGCGGUCGGUCAGAACCCCCCACCCGCGGCUGUGUCCGCGCAGCCGACCACCGCUGGUGCGACCACCAGCCAGGUGCCGCCUGCGUUUCCCCUGGCUGUGCAUCCGCCGGCACCUUCCUCGGCCGCCGCUGCGGCUCGCCCCAGCUUUGUGGAUCGGCUGAUGGCGCGCGAGGCAGGGUGGUCGCCAGAGUUCCUGCAGCAGUACCGUCAGGAACUAACCCGCCUGCGUGCGGCCAUCCCUCCCCCGCCGGAGGCAUCCGCCGGCGAUGGCGGUAACGCGGGUGUCGUUGCCCGUGAUUUCGGCACCCCUGCGUGGCACUGGCGGGGGCCCGAGUGGCUCCAACGUGCCCUCUUCCCAGGCAAGUGAUGAUACUCACUCGCGUGUCAAGGUGAACUUGCCUACCCCUGAGUUGGAGGUGAAGGAGAAGGAAGUGCCUGAUCCGCUAGAUCCGCUAGAUCCGCUAGAUCCGCUAGUCGUGCGCGCGUUCGUACGUGACGUGCGGGCGUUCCUAACCCAUGCGCAGUGGAAGGAACCUAGCGUAGAUAGUGCGCAUGUUUGUCGGCCAGACUGUGAAGCAGGCCGCGCGCACCUGGCACCUGACUUGGGCUGAAGCCAACCCUAACUUCUCGGUAGAAGAAUGGUACGCGGCUGUACUGACUAGGUUCGCGCCUGAGCUGCAAACCCGUGCGACGGAGGCUCGUACGCAGCUGUAACACGGGCCUGGCGGACUUAGCCAGGGUUCGUGCCCCGAGCUUGCGACACGCAAGACUAUCUUUGGAGAGCACCUAUGUGUGCGUAACAAUAGAUAGCUUAGAACAUUUCAGUGGCUGUGAUUUACAGGGCACAAUAUUAAGGAGGGCGCGUAUGCGCGUCCCCAUCUCUGUACGGGGCUAAGGCGAACCCGGCUAUAUUUAGCACUCGUCAGGGCCGCUUGGAGGUUAAUCUUAGUAUCCGGC